UGUGAACACCGAAGGAAUCCUGUUUCCAUGGUAGCCAUUAGCAAUGACGUAGUAAAACUCUGAUAGCACCUUUUGCUCUUUGCUCUGUGUUUCACAAGGUUCAAAGCAAACGUUGAACGGGCCUGUCGCUGCUUGACUGAAACCGAAAACCGGCUAAAGUCAAGCUGAGGCGCGGCUGAUUAAGCAGCAUCAUCAGCCUUCGUCAGUUGAGCUAAGACACAAGCGAUAUCGAUGACAGGUCAAUCACUGAUUGAUGGAGCCUUUGAAGUUUCUUUGAUAAUUGAAAGAUGAAUCCCCUUUUUAUAGGAACCUCUUUAUUGCCUCCCGGAAUGGAACACAGCUGUUCUUAAGAAUCUCUAUCGAAUCAUGAUCACUCUGUGUAUAUUUAUGCUUUCAUCACGCAGAAGUGUUCCAAAAAGAACAAUACUAAGAAACCCCAGCAGAUUGGAAUGCGCGAUAUAUUACCGCAUCUCUCUCUGGCCAUUAUUCCUUUAUCUCAUUCCCCGUACUAUUCACUUGAUCAUGCUAUUUCUUUGCCCUAGAACAUCUUCGGGGUGUUUAGAACACUGUGAAUCCAAUGCCGUGGACGCAUUUGGUCACUUGGGAUGCGAUGCGACUCCAUCCCCCGCUAUGCCGUUGUCUUACCUUGCCUUUUUUGUCCGGGGAAUCAUGGCGAAGCCUUUCAUAAUGUCUGUCCCGUGUCUCUCAGUUUCUUUUCGCUUCUACUUCUCUCGUUGGACAUUUUCAAAUUUUAAACCAGCAUGGAGAUUGCUGAGAAUUUCCCCAAUAUUGUGUCAACCGGCGCGCCUGCAAAGCAUAAGUGGACCUCAUUAUUUCAUUUCACCUCGAGGAAACAUGUUCUUUUUCUUAGUCUCGGUUCGCUGUUUACUAUAGGGGCCGGUGUCCUUGUUCCCUUGUUGGCUCUGCCGCUCGGGAGAAUAUUUGGUGCAUUUUCAAGAUUCGGAGAGGGCUCCUUAACCUCAACAGAGUUGAUAUAUGCCAUAUCUGCCCAAUGUGUGUAUUUCCUGGCUCUUGGAAUCAUCAUUUGGCUGCUUCAAACUGGUCAUUUUUCAUUCUGGAUAGCUUUCGGGGAGCUCCAAGCAAAAAACGCGCGAGAGCGAUCAUUCGUAGAGUUGCUCAAGAAGGAUAUAUCCUGGUUUGAGAUGAGACAGGACGGCGUCUCAGCUCUUUUAGCGCGUCUCCAAGCACAGAUCCGAGAUCUUCAAUUGGCGACGUCACAGCCACUAGGAUGUGUUUUACAGAGAGUAGUUACGUUUGCCACGGCGCUAAUCUUGGCCCUUUACACCUCCUGGAAGCUGACGCUGGUUUCACUGGCCUCCGUGCCUCUAUGCGCAACAGUGGUGGCUGUCAUUUCGAGGAAAAUUCAGCCGAGGAUACAAGCCUACGAGGCCGAGCUGACGCGCACAUCAAAAUUGAUUGGCAACUGCUUCUCCUGUAUCGAUGCAGUUAAGUAUUUCAAUGGCCAAGACGUCGAAGCCCGACAGUACUUUGCAGGCAUCCUGUCCGCCUCACGGUCGUAUAGAAAUGAGGCACUCGGCCAAGCACUCCAAAUUGGCUGCGUAAGGUUAAUGAUAUUUGGAAUGUUCGUCCAAGGUUUCUGGUACGGGAUCUAUCUAGUUGAAACAGGCCAGUUGGCUCCCGGAGACGUUGUGGCAGCCUUUUGGGCAUGCCUCCAAUCUACCCAGGCAGUUGAAGAUAUUUUGCCUCACAUCAUUGUGCUUGAAAAAGGACGUACCUCUAGUUCCGCGUUACAACAACUGGUGGAGAAAACCAACCGUCACAACAUAACGGACGAUACAUCCCACAACGUAUCCCCGAGAUUUUGUGAGGGGGAUGUACGCAUCAAAAAUGUAACUUUUGCAUAUCCGUCUCGUCCCGAGUGCUACGUAUUAAAGGAUUCAUCAUUCUUUUUCCCUGCUGGCGAUACGACGUAUGUUGUUGGGAGAAGUGGCUCGGGGAAAAGCACACUUUCUAAUCUCCUCAUGCGAUUCUAUGCUCCCACAAGCGGAGAUAUUUUCAUUGACGGCACUCCACUUAGAAACUUGAAUAUUGACUGGAUCCGGAAUAACAUCACCUUAGUACAGCAGCAAAGCUUCCUCUUAAACGAGACAUUGUUUAAAAACAUUGCAUUCGGCUCGAGAGAUUAUCAGAGUAUAUCCAAGGAUAAAAUCCUAGCCUGCCUCAGUUUUGCCUCCCUCGACGAGACAGUCCGCAAUCUACCGGAUGGCCUCGACACAAUGGUCGGCGAUGGUGGGAGUGCAUUCAGUGGGGGUCAACGCCAAAGAGUUGCGAUCGCUCGUGCACGUUUGCGAGACACCCCUAUUUUGAUCCUCGAUGAAAGUACAAGCGCGCUGGACUUUACUAUCCGAUCCACUGUGAUGGACGCCAUCCGGACCUGGCGGAAAGGUAAAACAACUAUUGUAAUCACACACGAUAUGUCCCAGAUCAACGAUCAAGAUUUCAUGUACGUGUUACAUCGGGGGCGAGUUGUUCGCAAAGGGUAUAAGCAAGCGUUAAAGCAACAGGCCAAAGAAACAUUUGGCUCAGCCCUAGCAGAAGUGUUUGAUUUUGAGAAUGAACGACCUCAAAAUCGUACGGGGCCCACCCCGCACGAUGGUUCUGGAAGAAGGAAAUUGAUAACGACCACCAAACCCCUUCCUCCUAUCCCUAAUCAGGAACUAAAUCGAAAUUUUCAGACCUUCUCAUUGUCUCCUAUUUCUCCGAACUUUCAUCAUACUCUGUCGUUCCAGUCAAUGACCCACACGGAACAUACAGUUCAGCCGUUAGCCUCUCCCAGCAACCGUUAUAGACAAGCACAUCCAUACGCCGGCAUGGCGCCUAUCAUUGAAAGCAUUGAACUGAACGGAAUUUAUCGCGAGAGCAAGACAGAACCAGACCUGAGUCGUAUACCGACGUUAACAUAUUCUUCAGCGGCGGGUUCCAGGGAGUUCGCUUUCGAAGAUGAUAAAUGCCACAAGUUUCCACGUGGCGACAUUUCCAAUAAGAACACAGAGCCAAAACAUUUAUCCAUCUGGGAAAUUUUACACACUGUUAUCCCGCGUUUAACUCCACGGGGUAGGUUUUUCCUUGCGGCUGGGCUUGUAGCUGCACUUGUCCAUGCCGCUGCCACGCCAACUUUCGCAUAUCUGUUUGCCCAGCUUCUAGGCGCAUUCUUCUUCUCUGGCGACCGCGCGCGCAUGGCUAUCCAAUGGUCCCUCGCAAUCAUCGGCGUGUCCGUCGCCAACGGAGUUGCCUCAUUCGUGAUGCAUUUUCUUCUUGAAUAUUGUGGACAGGCCUGGAUUAACUGCCUCCGUAACGAGGCCGUGCGGCAUAUCCUCUCUCAGCCAAAACAAUGGUUUGAGAAAGAAGAAAACAAACCUUCUAAUUUGACCAUGUGCCUGGAUCGCAACGCAGAAGAGAUGAGGAAUUUGGUUGGACGGUUUGCAGGAUUCCUAUUUGUCGCGACUGUGAUAUUGGUUAUGUGCAUCGUUUGGGGAAUAUCAGUGUGCUGGAAGCUAACCCUGGUCGGCCUCGCGUGUGCUCCGAUUGUUUAUGCCAUCACGAGAGCUUUCGAACGUGUGAGUAGUAAAUGGGAGAAAAGGCUCAACGAUUCUGGAGAAAUGGUUGGAGAUAUAUUCUCUGAAACGUUCCUCGAUCUCAAAACCGUCCGCGCAUUGACGCUCGAGUCUCACUUUCACAAGAAGCUAGAUGGAGUUCUUAUGAAUACACGUACGCUGGGCUUAAAAAAGGCUUGCUAUGCAGGCUUCUUUUUUGGAUUGUCCAACUCCUCGAUCAUUUUUGUUUACACCCUAGUGUUCUACUACGGGGCGGUGCUUGCAUCCUCGCUAGAAUAUUCCACCCAGGAUAUUUUGACAGUCUUUUCGCUCCUUCUCUUCAGCCUGUCGAACGUGAAUGCCGCUUUGGAAUACGUCCCCCAAAUCAGCUCAUCUAGAGACACUGCAUGUAGAGUAUUGCGCUUAGCAACUCUCCCGAACAACCGCUCGCCUGAGGAUGAGGGCAAACUAAAAACAUCCCAACCAACACCCGUAAAAUUCACAAACGUGAAUUUCAGCUAUCCAUCCCGCCCCAAGAACCUAGUCCUUCGAAACCUAAACUUGACAAUCCCUGAAAAUUCCUGUACCACAAUCGUUGGUCCCUCAGGCUCCGGGAAAUCCACCAUCGCCUCCCUUCUCACCGCUUUAUACCCUAUAAUACCUUCCAAUGGAGGCAGUGACCGCGGUACAAUAUCCCUCGGGGGCGAUGACAUCCGGAAAAUCUGCAUCCAAACCCUACGGUCCUUACUUUCCAUCGUUCCCCAACAACCCACCCUCUUCCCUUCCUCAAUCAGAGCAAACAUAACCUACGGCCUCGACCGCUCAUCCCCCCUCAGCACGAUGGAGAACAUCCGUUCCACCGCCCAAGCAGCCGGGAUUGACGAAUUCAUCAUGUCCCUUCCAGAAGGCUACGACACGGUAAUUGGUGACGGCGGGUUGUCUAUGUCUGGCGGCCAGGCACAGCGUGUGGUAAUCGCACGUGCACUGGUGCGGAGACCACGCAUUCUCAUUCUAGAUGAGGCCACAGCGAACCUUGACGCUCACAGCGUAGAGCAGAUUCGUCGCACGGUUAGGGGGUUGCUGGUGGGGGGAAAUGGCAGGCAGCAGCUCACAGUGAUUAUUAUCACGCAUGCGGUGGAGAUGAUGGAGAUUGCGGAUAAGGUUGUGGUGAUUGAUAAGGGGUACGUUGUUGAAGAAGGCCCCUUUUUAGAGUUAAUGGCGAGAAAAGGGGGAGAGUUAAGAAGGUUAGUUACACUGAAUGGGAGGGAUGGUGAUGAGUGUCAGAAAUGUUGAUUUAUUGUUGGAUUCCGCCCUUCCUGCUUUUCUGAAAUUAUUAUGACACUUCACCCAGACAAUUGCAUCUAUUCGCUAAUAAUAUUCCCUCCCCAACCCCCUCGGUGUUUUUAUUCUCUUUGUCAAAUCAGGCGGUUACAGAAUUAAUAAGUCGUGCCUACCUGCCUACCUGCCUACCUACCUGUAACAGCUACAGUUCGCUAAGAACCAAACACAUAGCCCCCUCUCCUUCUCACAGCGCUUAUCUCUAUCUAUGUAUGUACCAACAGAUCUCGCUUCGCACCCAAUUAGUCAAAAAUCAAGCCAAGCACUAGCGAACAUUUUAAACCCA